AUGCGUCAGCCAGGAGAAUGUGUUCAGCGACUCGAGCUGCAGCGAAACUGGCGACUUUGCAGCGUUCGCGGACCGAAAAAGAGCAGAAACGCUUGUUUGAUGGAAGCGUCGAAAAGCGAUCACGAAGCUUCUGGAAACGGUGAAGACAAGGCAGCUGCGGUUACCGAUGAAGAGCCUUGCAUAGGGACGCACACGGAGCGCCAGGUCGGCACUGCUGGGACGCAGCCUGAGCAAACUGACCAGAACGGCGCCUCUUCAGGUGGUUCACCGGACACGGGUACCCCGCUUUCUGCGUACGGUCUGCAUGUGCCGGACAUUGCAGAGCGGUUGGCGAAGGCUUUAAGUCUACGGAGCACCGCUGCAGGCACCGACGCUUCAACCGCGCUCAGUGAACAGCAGCUGAGACUCGAGCACCAGGCGCCCGAAGCGCCGCCUCAACAGCAGCGACACCAGCAUCGUUUUUGGUCCUCACAACCGGUACCUCAGUACAACGAGACCUGUGUGACGUGUGAUGGACCCAUUGACGAGCGUCCCCGCUUGGACCCGGCGUCAGUGCCGGAGGCGCCGUACCCGUUGCUUGCCGGGUUCUCUUGGUGUGAACUCGAUAUCAGUGCCGAAAGCGAUAUCCAGGAACUGUAUGAACUGCUUCGUUCAAACUACGUCGAAGACGACGAUGCCCAGUUUCGUUUCGACUAUUCGCCUGCGUUUCUGCGUUGGGCGCUAUCACCACCAGGUUGGAAACGUGUCUGGCAUGUUGGCGUUCGCGUGAGCACGAGCUCCAAACUGGUAGCCUUCAUUGCCGCAGUGCCGGUAACCAUGCGACUUCGAGAUGUCAAAGCUCUUGCUGUCGUCGAGGUGAACUUUCUCUGCAUCCAUAAGAGGCUUCGGCACAAACGACUGGCCCCUGUGCUGAUCCGCGAAAUCACCCGACGAGCGCACCGCCAAGGCAUCUACCAAGCGGUAUACACGGCGGGUACGCUGCUUCCCAGGCCGCUGGUUACCUGUCGCUAUUGGCAUCGCUCGCUGGAUGCCCGAAAACUGAUUGAGUGCGGUUUUAGUAGAUUACGACCUCGCAUGACCAUGAAACUCACUGAAAGACUCUAUGCGCUUCCGGAGAAACCGCUACACCCGGACGUGAUGCCCUUGGAACGAAGGCAUUGCGCAUCGGCUCGGGCACUGCUCUCUCAGUACUUGGAAACGCACACCAAAUUCCAUCCAUGCUUCUCAGAAACCGAGUUUGAACACUGGUUUUUGCCACGCGAUGACGUCAUUUACAGUUUCGUGCGCGUGCAGCGAAACACCAGCGCCACCGGUACCUCAAACGAACGCGUCACCGACCUCAUUAGUUUCUACUCACUCCCAUCGAGCGUGAUUCACAGUAGCAAACACCGCACCCUGCGAGCAGCGUAUUCCUUCUACAACGUAGCGACGAGUUGCUCGUUUCAGGACCUCAUGCAAGAUGCCCUUAUUCUCGCGAAAAAUGCAGGAUUCGAUGUUUUUAAUGCACUGCACUUGAUGGAAAAUCGAGAGGUUUUCGAUCAGCUCAAAUUUGCACCGGGUGAUGGCGAACUCCACUAUUAUGUGUAUAACUGGCGGACGAGUGUUUUGCGGUGUGAAGAAAACGGAUUGGUCAUGCUGUGA